AUGGGGCCCGCGGGAACCCCGGGACACGCCCGCCUGCGCGCCACGUGGGUGCUGGCCGGAGGCCUCCUGGCCGCGGCCCUGGCGCUGCCCGCUGGGCUCGGGGGCCGAGGGUGGCUCCCCGCGAGACCAGGUCCCCUCCGGGGCCUCCUUGCCUCGCAGCCUCGCCGGGAUCCCCCCGUGUCUGCCCCGGGCCUGGGGAACCCUCCGGCACCAAGCGGAUCGGGGCCCGAGCAGGCAGUGCAGGGUUGGCAGUACAUGAUUUGGCCUCAUCUGGAAAACUCUUACUUUAACACAGCAGUGGAAGCAGCCUUUGGAAUGGAAUUCAAUGAGGAAAUUGAAGUCUUUAACCUGCUCCCAACUUCUGCAGCCUCAAGUGGUCCAUGGACUCAUUCUCUAUUUGCUUUUCUACCCUCAUGGCCCAAGAAGACCUUAUUUAAAAGAGAGUCUCCUAUAACACACCACCUGUAUGGAGACACUUCGAGGGAAAUUCAAGGAACUUCUGAGCAUGGAGUAAUUUUCCAGAAAUGUGCAGUGGUGUCCAGGCAGAGCGAGCGGCAGAUGGCUCAAGUGCAGCUGCUCGUGAACAACCCCAGGUCACCCCUGGCAGUGAACCUCUCUGAUCUGUUCUUGCUGGACAACAUCACCGGCCUCACCGUUAGGGAGUCGAUCGGAAAUAAGACCUUGGGAGGAUUCCAGGCUUUCCAGAAGAAGUUUCUGCAGGUUGGGGACUCCUACGCCGUCAGCUACACAGCCUGGCUCGAGCGCGAGGACUUCAGGAGCGGGGAGACCCUCGUGCUGCCUGCCCAGCUCGGGUUCCAGGCAUCGUCGCCGAACAGAACAUGGCUGAAAGCUCUUUUUACCAUAACAGUAGAAGACAAGCUAACGGUUCUACCAAACCAUGGUCUCCAUGCAGCGGGAUUUUUCACUGCCUUCGCAGUCUCCCUAGUGCUGACCUGGGUCACACUCUUCUUCAUGGUUCAAUGUAAAUGUCUAAAGGGAAACCUGCUCAGCAGACACGCGGUUCAGCAUCAUGAAAGCAAGCUGGAGCCCUCCCAGUUAACCUCCGCCAGUGGUGUGAACGAAGAUCUGGCUCUAAAUGACCAAAUGAUAGACAUCCUGUCUUCGGAGGACCCUGGGAGCAUGCUUCAAGCCCUGGGAGACUUGGAGAUUGCAACCCUGAACCGGGCAGACUCAGAACUGGAGGCUUGUCGAACCCAAAUCGGCAAAGAUAUCAUUGUCCUUUUACUGAGAAAUCUGACGACCAGUGGCCACCUGUCCCCUCAAGUAGAGAGGAAGAUGUGUGCGGUUUUCAAAAAGCAGUUUAUGUUGCUGGAGAAUGAAAUACAAGAAGAGUAUGAUCGGAAGAUGGUGGCGUUGACAGCUGAGUGUGACCUGGAAACAAGGAAGAAGACAGAAAGCCAGUGUCAGAGGGAGAUGGCGGCAAUGGAGGAAGUGGAGGAGUUGCUGAAACGUGCUAGUGAGAGGUCCGCUGGCGAGUGCAGCAGCCUUCUGCGGGCCCUCCAUGGCCUGGAGCAGGACCAGCUGAGGAGGUCUCUGGCCCUGCAACAAGAAGAAGACUUUGCCAAGGCUCACCGGCAGCUGGCCCUCUUCCAGAGAAACGAACUGCACCAUAUCUUUUUCACUCAGAUAAAAAGUGCUAUUUUCAAAGGGGAACUGAAGCCAGAGGUGGCUAAAAUGCUGCUGCAAGAUUAUUCUAAAAUACAGGCAAAUGUAGAAGAGUUAAUGGACUUUUUCCAGGCUACUAAGAGAUACCAUCUAAGUAAACGGUUUGGCCACCGGGAGUACCUGGUCCAGAACAUGCGGUGGUCGGAGACGCGAGUGCAAGGCCUCCUGAGCACGGCCGCUGCUCAGCUGAGCCACCUCAUCCAGAAGCACGAGAGAGCGGGUUACUUGGAUGAAGACCAGAUGGAGAUGCUGUUGGAGCGAGUGCAGACGGAAGUCUUUUCUAUAAAACAGAAGUUGGACAAUGACUUAAAGCAGGAGAAAAAGAAGCUGCACCAAAAGCUAAUAAUUAAGAGAAGGCGAGAAAUGUUGCAAAAGCACAAGGAGCAGCGGAAGGAGCAGCUGUCCAUUGGCGAAGCCUUCCGAACGGCCGAGGACGUCAGCCAGUACCUGGGCCGGUGGCGGGGCCUGGUGGCGGACCACAGCGCCAGCCUGGAGGAGCUGCAGGAGCGGCUGGAUCAGGCCGCCCUGGAUGAGCUCAGGGCCCUGACCCUCUUGCUGUCCGAGAAAGCCUCCGAGGAGCUGCGGCGCCUGCAGAACACGGCCAUGACCCAGGAGCUGCUCAAGCGCAGCGUGCCAUGGCUCUUCCUGCAGCAGAUCCUGGAGGAGCACGGCAAGGAGAUGGCUGUCCGGGCUGAGCAGCUCGAGGACGAGGAGAGGGCCAGGGGCCAGGAGGGCAUCCAGGGUGUGAGGCAGAGGCUGAAGGCUGAUGCUCCGGAGGCCUCGAUGGAGGAGCAGGCAGAGCUGAGGCACUGGGAACACCUGGUUUUUAUGAAGCUUUGCUCCUCUGCCUUCUCCCUGUCUGAGGAGCAGCUGCUGAGGGUGAGGCAGGAGGCCCACGGCUGCUUCACUCAGAUGGACAGGAGCCUGGCCCUCCCCAACAUCCGGACGCGCGUCCUGCUGCAGCAGUUGCAGGCCGCUUGGCGAGAAGCGGAGUUCCUGAAAUUGGACCAGGGCCUGGCUGCCCCUGAGCUGCAGUCCAAAGUGAGAAAGCAGCGCUCCAAGAAUAAAAGCAAGAUAGACCUGCUGAAGAAGUGCAUUGAAGAUAAAAUUCACCUCUUUGAGGAGCAGCCUCCUGAAGACCUGGCUGAGAAGGCGCGCGGAGAAUUGCUGCGUGAGAGAGUGCAGCAGCUGGAGGCCCAGGAGGAACGGUUUGCAGAGUCCCUGGUCUCGCUGCAGUUCCAGAAGGCAGCUAAGAUGACGGAGACCCUGUCGGCGUACACGGCCCUCCUCAGCAUCCAGGACUUGCUCCUGGAGGAGCUGAGCGUGUCCGAGACCCUGACCCCGGCGGCCUGUGCACAGAUAUUGGAAUCCCACGGCCCGGAGCUCCAGGAGCUGGAGAGGAAGCUGGAGGACGAGCUGGUGCACCAAGAGGCUGCUCAGCAGCAGCAGGCCCUGGAGAGCCGGCAGCAGUGGAUGGCUGAGGGGCCUGGGCUGCUGAACGAGCCUGGGGAGACGGAUUCUGAAAGGCACAUCUCCUCCACCCUGCGGCGAGCCCUGAGCAAGAGCCAGACGUUACUGGAGCUCCACCAGCAGAGUUUGAGAGAAGAGCAACAGAAGAGUGUCGUGCUUGAAGAUUUGCUGGAAAAUAUGGAGAUGGACACCUUCGUGACCCUGUACAGCCAGGAGCUGCGACUGGCUUCUUACCUUUCGAAACUGGCCGCGGUGCCCAGGGGGACGCUGCGCCGGCUCCUGAGCGUAGUCCUGCCCGCCGCCUGGCAGCCCGAGCUGCUCACCGCGCUGGAUUCGGGCACCGAGCCACGUUCCGACCACGCGGUGGGGCACGAAGGCAGCGGGGAGCCGGCGGAUCUGGCCAGGAGGAGAAAACACCGGAGCUGGUGGCAAGCCUUGGAGAGCAAACUGCGAGGAGAUCUGAGAAGCAGAGGAUUAGAAAAGAUGCUCUGGGCUCGCAGGAGGAAGGAGAGCAUAUUAAAGAAGGCGUGUCUUCCUCUCACAGAGAGGAUGGAAUUCUCCGGAAAAGGAAGUUGGCCCCACCUGUCCUUGGAACCCGUAGGUGAACUGGCUGCGGUGCCCAUUGUUGGGGCAGAAACCAUUGACUUAUUAAACACAGGUGAAAAGCUUUUUAUAUUCAGAAACCCAAAGGAGCCGGAGAUCUCAUUGCACGCUCCUGCCAGGAAAAAGAAGAAGAACUUUCUGAAUGCCAAAAAGGCUGCUUGGGCUUCAGGCUUGGACUAGACCACCGGAAAGCUCUACAAGGAGAGUCGGAAGACGGAAGGAUGGAUUUUCUCCUUCCCACCCGUGUUUGUUUGUUUAUAGGGUACAACUUGCAAAUACAGAUUGCAAUGCAAAAAGACACGGACGCACCCAGUAACCCCCCACUCCCCACCCCCAGCCUGUCAAGCGCUCAGUUUAAUCUGGGUCUCCUGAGUUGCCAGGUGGCUCACUCCCUGAGCAUCACGAGGAGCAUGAUGAAACCUGUGAUUAUCCAUCAACACUGCAUUGUUUUCAGUCCCACCUCACCAGGGAUCUGGAGGAAGCCCCUUUCCCCACCACCAUUCCCGCCCUCUGGCUGGCUUAUGGGCUUGGGGUCAAGGGCAAGGCUCUCUGAUCUUGUGUUUUGUGUUUGUUACACGUUUUAUUUUUAUAAAGGGAACUUUAUAAAAUAAAUGUAUUUUAAACAAAACCCUUCACGGGGGAA